UUGAGUGCAGUCAGACCUUUUGCACAGAUAGACUUCACAAGAGGCUGCAUUCAGAUAGAGUACAUCCCUCUCCACUACUUUUAUCGCUGUUUUGACAGUUCGUGGAGCUGACACCAGUUAAGGAACUCAAUUCAGCUGAAGUCACCCGAUUCUGUCGAGCUACUCUCAAGAGUGCCGAAGUUGAUGAAUAUCUCACCUUGAGGAGAAGUGAUGGAGUUCUUUGAGUAUCACAAAGAGGAGGACACCGUGGACGUCGAGGCUUUUCAGGGAGAGAAGCAGAAGCUCAUACAGCCAACGUCUUUAAAAGACCCCAAACUUGAGAAGCUAAAGGAGACACUGAUUUACUGGAUCAAUAGCACUCUGAAAUCGGAGCACAUAGUGGUUCAGAGUCUGGAGGAGGAUCUGUAUGAUGGACUGGUGCUUCAUCACCUGCUGUCCAGGUUGGCCGGUGUGCAUGUGUCUCUGGAGGAGAUGGCACUGACCAGCCCUGCUCAGAUCCGCAAGCUGGGGGUGAUCCUGGAGGAGUUGGACAAGAGACUGGGCCUGGAAGACAGCAGCCGGAUCAAGUGGAACGUCAAACUCAUCCACAACAAAGACCUUCUGGCCACUAUUCAUCUGCUGGUUGCCAUGGUGAGGUCUUUCCAGCCUGAACUGGAUUUACCACCGAAUGUGAAAGUUGAAGUUAUAGUUAUGGAAGUGACCAAAAGCGGAAUCAAAUCAGAUGUACAGAUGGAGGUCCUGACGGAGGAGAGCAAAGCCGACUCUGAGUCCCUCAGCAAGACUGAAGGGGAAGAUCCCAUCGAACAGCUGCUGAAGCUUGAGGCCCACAAGGUCAACACAGUGAAAAAGGCCAUUUUACACUUUGUCAACCAGAAUAUGUUGCCCAUGGGUCUGCAGGUUGCUGAUAUGGACAAACAGUUUGCUGAUGGUGUGAUUCUGCUACUGCUGAUCGGACAGCUGGAAGGCUUCUUCGUCCCACUCUGUGACUUCCACCUGACCCCUGUCAAUCACUCUGAGAUGAUUCACAAUGUGACCUUAGCUUUGGACCUCCUGAAUGACACAGGCCUUCAAGUGUCCAGUGUUGAUCCACAAGAUAUUGUGUCUCAGGACGUCCCUGCCACCUUGAAGGUCCUGUACACCCUAUUCAAGAAGCACAAAGCGAAAUGAGAGAGGAAGAGGAGGCGAAUAACCAGGAGUACCAACAGAGCUGAAGAGAAGUGGAUUUUUGUUUGUGGUUUCUUCUGUCUAAACUGUUACAAAUGCUGCACACAAUGAAGUUGACAGUUCUUAGACAUUUUGCUGAUGCUCACAAGCUAAUUAAAUUAAGUACAAGAAGCUAAAGUAGCUUUACAUCAAUGCAUAAUAAACAGUAUCAGUGUCCGUGGGCCCAGUAAGACAAUCAUUAAAAUUUUGGAGCAAAAUCAACACAUUUCAAUUUCAAUAAUUACUGGGUUUAGUGCAUUUCCUCAGGUGUGCAAAUGUUUUUUUUUCUCAUAGAGCUUAAUUUGGAUCGGGUUUGAAGUAUUGGCCAACUGACUCUUGACAAGACAAGGGGUUGCAAUGAGAGCCCCAACACACAAUGCACUCCCACCUAUACCGGCACCUGGCUCCUGGCUACGUAACAUAAGUUAGCUUAUGUUAGCUCCAAUUAUCCUAUAAUUGGAGGUAGCCCAAAAAUAAUACCACAACGAUUUAAAUGUACAUAGUGCUGUGGAUAUGCAUUGCUUUGCCUCUAUUAUGAUUAACAGGUCGUUGUGGUAACACAUUUUCAAGACUUGAAACUAGCAAUUGAGACCAUGAACUCCUUAGUUAAAUGUUAACUUAUUUAAUAAAUCAAGAAGUGUCAUUUUAUCAUAGACUUCAGAUACAAUCAGGCCUUUUUUUGCAGCCAGUGAAAUCGCCCCCUGCUGGCCAUUAAAUAUAAUGCAAGUUCAAGGCACUUCAUCAUUGGCUUCACUUUUUCCAGAGGCUACAUCCAUUUAUUUUAUACAGUCCAGUUUAUGUGUCAAAUUCUAGUUUUAAGAGUUACUUUUUUCACAUUGUGCUCUUGUUGCAUUACCUUAAUAAUGUGUCUUCUGCUGUGUUAGUUUCUGAGUUGACACGAAGCAUGCCUUUACAGUCUGUUUAAAUCUUGUUCACAGUGUAGGGACAAGGCAGGGUGAUAAGCCCAAACAUAAAGAGGUUUUGCAACAAUAUCAUUUAAUACGGGGAUAACAGUAAAACAUCUUCAAACAGUCUCUCCUGGGAGACAUUCACAGUAUUGCACUAGGCUGUUCAUAUGAAAAGUGACAGAUAUUGUUUGUGUAGAGGAAUGAAAAAAGAGUGCUAGAGAGAAAAGUUCAAACCUCGCUUACUUUCUCACCUCCACACAGCUGACCAAUUAUUGUGUGAAGUGGGUGUAAAUGUCGGAAAGGUGCGGGGCGAGGAAGUUUCCGAAGCUUUUCAACCAUCUGAAAAGUAGUUCUGAUGGAAUAUAGUGGCAAAUUCAGAUGUUUCAACCUACCAUUUUUUGUACAUGUGUUUUGUUUUGGGUUUGCAUUCAGUAAAAAAAGAUUGGUGUGAAUUUUAGUGGUAUUUCCGAUUUUCCGCAAUCUCUCACUCUCUUCCCUUCACUUUGUCUGACACUGCUGCAUGGCGCUUUUCAUUCCCACUAUAGAAAACCAUCAUCCCUUGACUGCCUCUUUUCAAUAAACAAUGUGAUUUUCUUCCUGUGCUUCCCCCAUGUGUUCCUGCUGACAGUCUGCGACCUCCUCUUUUCCUAGUCUGUGAAUGCAAUUGUCAUUUCUCUGAAAAAUUGUGACAUUUUUUUUUGUUCACAACUCAAUGUCACACACAUGUAGCGAGGGUGCGGCAGGCAGUGAGGGAGGGAGGUUCAGAGAAUGAGAGGUACACAAUAGAUGUGAUUUCACCGAAGCAUAGCUUUGUAAAUUACGGUAUGUGUUGAAUUAAAAAAGCGGACUAUUUACUAAUUAUUCUCUUUCGCUUUAAAGACAUUUAUUCAAACCAUUAGUGACUUGUUAAAUAAUCUCUCAUUCUCUCCACCACUGCCACGGUUUAAUUUUGUGCAAAUUGUGGCGUGACUUUCUCUGUUUUUGUCUUGAGGUUAAAGGAACAUUAAAGUGUAACAACAACCACUUUCACACUUUGUAUUCAGUUCACCCAGUUUUCAUGCAGAUGUGUUUGUUGACAUUCAGGAAGCCAAUUUAUUCAUAUCCACCAAGGUGAUGGAAAAUACUAUAAAUUCACAUUCUAUUCCCCCUGACAUUUGAAAAGGUUUGCAUAAAAUUUGCUUUGCAGUUGCAUGGAAUCAGAGCUAAUGUAUAGAGAAAGACAUAGAUGUGUGUGUGUUGCUCUUGUUCACAAUGAAAUUGACCAUUUCAGCAGUCAGUUAAAGUAUUGUGAGAUAAAAAUGCCUUCUCUUCGGUUUUCCAAUAUACAGCCCUUGAACUCCUCACCCUGAGUGAUUGUAAACUAGAUUUGUUUGUUGAAAAUUAAAUUGCACAUUACUUUAUGAAACCCAUUGUAGUACUCAGUCAAACCAUGAAUGAAACAGUUGCAAUGAAGUGUUCUCAUUUGUGAAUUUUAAAGGGAUACUUAGGACUUUUUGAAGUGGAGUUGAAUGAGGUACUUAUCCAUAAUCAGUGUAUUACUUACAGUAGACAGCGGUGGGAAUAGCAAGCAGGAGUACUGACACAGAAGUUAAUCAAUGUACUGAUGUUGACAGGGAGCAGCAGCCAAAGGUAUUUGAUCCACUUAAAAAAAAUCAGUAUUGGGCGUCCCGGUGGCUCACACUGGUAGAGCGCUUACCAUUAAGGCCGAGUCCUUGUUGCGGUGGAGCCGGGUUCGAAUCCGGCCUGUGCUCCCUUUGCCGCAUGUCCUCCCCUCUGUCACCCCCUUUCUAUCUGUCACUUUCAAUAAAAGCAUGAAAAAUACCACCAAAAAAAAUCAGUAACAGUUUAAUAUAUUUUCACCUCUUGUCAAAGCCACCAAACUCCACUGACAAAAAACAGUAAUUUAACUUCGCAAAACAUGGAAGUUGCUGACCUACUUCUAGCUUGUUUGUGUUAUUGUGCGACGUUGGUGAAUCAGAACUAACCCUUUAAGACACGAAAAGUCAGAAAAUAAGACAACAAUGUAUCAAUCGAGGUAGCUAUAGACCAGCAACUCCUGUGUUCUGUGAGGUAAAAUCACUGUUUCUGUCAAUGGAGUCUGGUGGCUUUGACAAGAGUAUAGAUAACACCUUUUUUAGCUGGCUAAAAUAUGUUUAGCUGCUGCCCUCAUCCACUGAUCCAAUUAUCCCUUUAUUCUGUGGUCAUUUCAAAAUGACCUUACAUAUACCACCCACUGAUACUGGCUGUUUGCUUGCCUUCUCUAACAUUAGCAAUCUAUAUAAACAUGUGGCACUAAAUCUUUCUUAAUUUAUUCAACUCCCCUCAUCUCAUUUGUGACCUCCUGUAUUCCCAUUAAGUUAUAUGUGAACUUAUUAAAAUGUAUGUGCAUAUUCAUCAAAUGCUGUGUGUGUCUUUCAGGGUCAGUUGGAGGGGAUUUGAGCUCAGGGACAGCCAAGCUUGCUUAUAUUUUCAGAGCAUAAAAUGUGUAUAACUGUUGCAAUAAAUGGCUGAAACCUUGGAUCUAGUGUCCUGCCUGAAAGGAAGUGAAUGGACUGUUUGUGCAGAGAGAACUAAAUGUUCUAGUAGAAUCUGUAAAUGACAUG